CCGGCGGCUGCGGCGGCUGGCGGAGGCGAGCGGCGGCGGCCGAUAGCGAGCGUCAGGGACGGCCGGGGCCGGGGCGGGGGCUGCGGCGGCCCGGCCGGGGCGGCGCUCCUCGGCCUGUCGCUGUUCGGCCUCGUGCUGUACCUGGUGCCGGCGGCGGCGGCGCUGGCCUGGCUGGCCGUGGGGGCCACCGCGGCCUGGUGGGGACUGAGCCGCGAGCCCCGCGGUUCGCGCGCCCUCUCCUCGCUCGUUCGGAACGCGCGGCGUCAGCGAACCCUGCACGCCUCGCCUCCAGCCAAGUCGGCGGUGAACGGAAAUCUCCUAGAGCCGCGGACCCUGCUCGAAGGACCGGACCCCGCCGAACUGCUCCUCAUGGGCAGUUACCUGGGCAAGCCCGGCCCCCCGCAGCCUGCCCCCGCCCCGGAGGUCAGGGACCUGCUGGAGAGGCCUGGCCGCCGCCGCACUCCCGCUCGCGCCGCGCCGCCCGCGCACUCGCCCCAUCGUGUGCACGUUUACCCCUCUCUCCCCACUCCUCUUCUCCGAUCCUCUAGGAGGCCAUCCCUCCGGGAUUGUGGGAGUUUAUCAAACCGGUUUGUGAUAACACCUCGAAGACGAUAUCCAAUCCAGCAGGCCCAGUAUUCUCUUCUGGGCGUACUUCCUACAGUAUGCUGGAAUGGUUAUCACAAGAAGACUGUGCUGUCUCCUCGGAAUUCCAAAAUGGUGUGCAGCCCAGUGACAGUGAGGAUUGCUCCUCCGGAUAGUAAAUGGACUCGUUCGCCAGUACCAGAGCAGACAAUCAACUCAACACUGUCCUCACCAUCAAGUAAUGUCCCAGACCCAUGUGCAAAAGAGACUGUACUGAGUGCCCUCAAGGAGAGGAAGAAAAGGACAGUGGAGGAGGAAGACCAAAUAUUUUCUGAUAGCCAGGAAAAUAAAAGAAGGCGCCAUGAUAGCAGUGGGAGUGGACAUUCAGCAUUUGAGCCCCUGGUGGCCAAUGGAGUCCCUGCUUCUUUUGUGCCUAAGCCUGGCUCUCUGAAGAGAGGUCUCAAUUCCCAAAGCUCCGACGACCACUCGAAUAAGAGGUCUCGCACCUCUUCCGUGAGCUCCUUGACAAGCACGCACACGGGUGGCAUCCCUAGCUCCAGCCGCAAUGCCAUUACCAGUUCUUACAGUUCGACUCGAGGUUUCUCUCAGCUUUGGAAGAGGAGUGGCCCCAGCUCGUCACCGUUCUCCAGCCCCGCCUCAUCCCGUUCCCAGACCCCCGAGAGGCCAGCAAAGAAAAUAAGAGAAGACGAGCUUUCUCAUCGUUCCAGUUCUUCAACCCCGUUGGCAACAGACAAGGAGGCCCCGGGAGAAAAGGUUGCAGAUACAAGCACAUGGAAGGCGCAGACCUCGUGCAGCUCCCCGCCCACACCUGGCAGCUCCGGGCGGCGCAGGCGGAGGGUGCAGUUGCUGCCCUCCCGGCGAGGGGCCCAGCUGACGCUGCCACCCCCUCCCCAGCUUGGCUACUCCAUCACUGCCGAAGACCUCGAUCUGGAAAAGAGAGCUUCGCUGCAGUGGUUUAACAAGGCCCUGGCAGACAGGACCGAUACUGCCUCGAGCUCUGUCGCCGAGAAGCCCCCUACCACUCAGCCUUCUCUGACGUUUACCCUGCCCACUGCUGGGACCACUGCCUCUCCAGCCACCCUCCCAGCCCCCAGCAGCAGCUUGCUGCUGGAGAGCUUGAAGAAGAUGCAGAGUUGUGCAGGCCUAUCGUCUGCCCCGGAAUCCACUGGAGUGGCAACCACCGUGGCCCCUUUGCCUCCGAAGACACCCAGCCUUCUGGCCCCCCUUGGCUCCUCACAGUCAGGGCCCCUUCCAGGCACCUCCUCGGACUCCAAAUCCGCAGCCACUCUCUUGGCGCUGACCCCUUCCACGUCCCCGACACCAGCCACUGACACCACCAGGUCACCUCCGGCUCCUCAGGCUGAGACAUCUGACAAAUCCCCAGCCCUGGCUGCCCCGUCCCCCACCCCCAAGCAGAGUCUUCUGCUGGGAAUGCUGAGCACCCCACCUGCUGACCCCCCUGCAUCUACAGCCCCUGCUGUGUCUUUAGCAUCCCCCAUGUUCAAGCCCAUCUUUGCAGCCCCGCCAAAAAGCGAGAGCGAGGGCCCCUUGCCGUCCAGCCCCUCCAAGGUCCCCACCACACCUUCCAGCUCUGCCCUCCCUGCACCUGCUAGCCACCCUCAGCCCACGUUCAAGCCGAUCUUUGGCAGCGUGGGGCUCCCUCCACCUGCGCCCUUGUCCGCCCCCUUCUCCUUCGGUCAGACCGCUGCUCUAGCCACUGCCACGAGCACCACUCUCUUCGCUGGCCAGGCCAGUGCCGCCUCAGCCGUGGCUCCCGUGGCUCCCGUGAGCACGGCCAGCACGUCGGCAGACUCGGCUUCGAAGCCCGCGUUCAGCUUUGGCGUGAGCAGCGUGACCAGCACCACCACCUCCGCUGCCGCGCCUUUCCUCUUUGGGGCGCCCCCAGCCUCCGGCGCCAGCUUUAGCCCGGCCAUGGGCUCCGUCUUCCAGUUCGGCAAGCCCCCUGCCGCGCCCACAUCGACGGCCGCCACCACGUUUGGCCAGUCAGUCCCCGGGGCCGCGCAGACAGCCGCCAGCAGCGGCGGCACCUCCGGCUUCGGCGGCUUCGGCGGUGGCCUCACCACACCCGCGCCCGCCACCAGCAGCCCGCUGGCCCUGACCUUCACCACCACCACCACCGCCGCCGCCCCGGCCUUCCACAUUCCCUUCGGCUCGAGCCCCAAGCCCGCGCCGCCGUCGUACCCGGGCGCCAACCCCCAGCCCGCGUUCGGGGCCGCCGACGGGCAGCAGCAGGGGCCCGCCAAGCCCGCCCUCGCCCCCAGCUUCGGCAGCUCUUUCGCUUUCGCGAACUCCGCGGCCCCGGCCCAGGCCGCUGCCCCGGCGCCCGGCCCGGCCCAGCCCGCCUUCGGCAGCGCCGCACAGUCCGCUUUCGGCGGCUUGAAGCCUGCCGCGUCCACCUUCGGCACCCCCGCCAGCACCCAGCCUGCUUUCGGCAGCGGCACGCCUGUGUUCUCCUUCGGGGCGGCCACCACCUCGGGUUUUGGAGCUACGACCCAAACCACCAGCAGCGGGACUGGCAGCUCCGUGUUCGGCGGCACGACGCUGUCGCCCUUCACGUUUGGGGGAUCCGCCGGCCCGGCCGGCGGCGGGGGCUUUGGGAUCAACGUGGCCGCCCCCGGCACCUCCGGAGCGUUCAGCUUUGGCACGGGACAGAGUGGGAGCACCGGUGGCACAACCCCUUUCGGAGGAGGCUUGAGUCAGAGCACGUUGGGCGCUCCCAGUCAGAGCACACCCUUUGCCUUCAACGUGGCCGGCACGCCCGAGAGCAAACCUGUGUUUGGAGGCACCUCCACACCCACCUUUGGUCAGAACACCCCUGCCCCCGGGGUGGGCGCGUCGGGCAGUGGUCUCUCCUUUGGGGCAUCCUCAACACCCACCCAAGGCUUUGUUGGAGUCGGACCUUUCGGCUCGGCGGCCCCUUCCUUUUCCAUUGGUGCAGGAUCCAAGACCCCGGGGGCUCGGCAGCGACUGCAGGCCCGCAGGCAGCACACCCGCAAGAAAUAGCCUUUGUCCCCCUUCCAUCCCCCCGACUCCUUGCCCAAAUGUGGACCUCAGCACCUGCUAGGAAGAGCCUCUGACCCUUUUAGUUCCAUAGAGCA